GACUUUAAGACUUGGUACAUCCGGGCGCAGGCUGGCAAUCGUGCCGCGUUUCGGGCGGACGUUGGACAAGCCCAGUGCUCGGAAGUAAUCGGCCGGCUCACGUUAAAUAGCUCUCCAGUUUGCGCCAGUAGGCACCACUCGAGCCUCCACCGCCGGCACCGAUGAAACGGAGCAGCGGCUCGCCGCUCGCCGGCCAGAACCCCAGAUCUGGCGGCUGGAAACCUAGCUCCGCUGUGGGGAGGAGCUCUGUCCCCGCUGGCCGGAAAACCCCGGACCGAUGGGACCUCUCGCAGAGCUCCGCCGCCUCGGCCGGCAGCAAGUCGUCGACGGUCAACUGGGCCGUUGUCAAGAUCGUCAGAUCGAUCGGGUCGUGUUUCGGCCCGUGGGUGACUGGAUCGCCAACGGCAAAGUCCUUGAAAAGCUUCACUUCUCCUCCUUCAACUCCAUCGGGUAGUAUGCAUGGUGACUCCUGUGACAGCAGAAGUAGGAGAUCAAGUAGAGGGACAUAUAGCAGUGGAUACAGUAGAAAAUACAGUGGCACAUACACUACUUCCCAGAAAGAACCUGGAAAUAUGAGCUUCACUUUAGCUGAGAUCCAGAGAGCUACUAAGAACUUCUCUCCUUUUCUCAAGAUUGGACAAGGUGGUUUUGGCACUGUUUACAAAGGGACACUUGACGACGGCACACUUGUUGCGGUUAAGCGUGCUAAAAAGAGCCUGUAUGAUACUCAUCUGAGCGUGGAAUUCCAAAGUGAGAUCAAGAUUCUGGCGCGUGUUGAACAUUUGAAUUUGGUUAGAUUUUUUGGGUAUCUGGAGUAUGAGGAUGAGAGGAUUGUUGUUGUUGAGUAUGUCCCCAAUGGAACUCUAAGAGAGCAUCUUGAUUGUUUAAAUGGAAAGCAUCUUGACCUUGCUGCGCGGCUAGAUGUUGCAAUUGAUGUGGCUCAUGCUGUCACAUACCUCCAUACAUACACAGAUCAUCCUAUCAUCCACAGGGAUGUUAAAUCAUCUAACAUUCUUCUUACUGAAACUCUUCGUGCAAAAGUUGCUGACUUUGGGUUUGCUCGACUGGGUGCAAAUGAGAUUGGAGUUACACAUGUUUCAACUCAAGUUAAAGGAACUGCAGGUUAUUUGGACCCAGAAUAUCUCAAAACUUACCAACUCACAGAGAAAAGUGAUGUCUUCUCCUUUGGUGUGUUGCUUGUGGAAUUAAUAACAGGGAGGCGCCCUAUAGAAGCCAAAAGGGAACUUAAAGAAAGAAUAACAGCAAAAUGGGCAAUGAAGAAGUUCACAGAAGGAAAUGCAAUUCGAACGUUGGACCCAAAUCUUCCACACAACCCAGCAACUAAUCUGGCUUUGGAAAAAAUCCUUGAGCUAGCCUUGCAAUGCUUAGCUCCAACUAGGCAGAGCCGGCCCAGCAUGCGGAGGUGUGCAGAAAUUUUAUGGAACAUCCGGAAGGACUACAGAGAGCUCUUGUCUUCAGAACUUCUCCCAGCCCUCCCAUCAAUGGAAGCUUUCCAUCAUAGAAGAGAAAAGAUGAUCUAAACUAAAAAACUAAGUUUUUAUAAAAUUUCCUUUAAGUAGGUUAAUAUUUGCAGAUUUGAUUCUCUCACAGCAUCUUCUCCGGCCAUCUGUGAAUAGCGAGGGCAUCUUCUCUGCCAUUUGUGAAUAGGAAAUCACCAGAGGCUGAAAUUGGACGAGGCACCUUCAGCAUUGUAAAGUUUGAAAGUUAGUUGAUAUGGGGAUUGGGAUGCCUUGUGGGGAAGUUAAUUGUAUAUGGUUAUGAUGUAUAGCAACUCUUUUGCAUAUUUAUACUCUAUAUUCGGGAGGUGUGGUUUUCAUUGUGA